AUGGGACGAAAACACGUCAAACGCCAAGCGACUCCUCAGGCACCGGUAUCUGAGACUGCUAUGCGUCAGGUGCUGGGAUGCUAUGAGACAUUCUAUCUUAUAUGCACAUUCAUGGACAUGCCAACACUGCUGCAUGCCCAACUCGUGUCCAAGCAUUGGCAUGACAUGAUUUCGACAUCCCCUCUCUUGCAGCAGAACCUCUUUCUGAAGCCUCGCCCAUCCGUCAACAUAGAGGAACCCAGCAUUCUCAAUCCUCUGUUAUUGAAACACUUUGAGAAAAUACUCAAAGGCAUGGAUUAUCAUCACGACACGAUAUACUACAACACCACAGCGAUAUUUGACAUGGGCAUUGCCAAUAUGAAAGAUGGCCGCAAGGUUCACAAAGCCUUUAUACGUCGCGAUGCAUCCUGGCGACGAAUGUUGAUUGCACAACCACCAAUAACGUCAAUCGGCUAUGUGGAAAAGGUUAAUAAUGAUGAUGAGAACUGGAGACUACUUCCAUUCCCCGAGGGGCUCUGUAUGGGCGAUUUAUACGACAUGGUGUUCCAGGCAAUCUGGGGUAAACCGGACGAGGCCCAUGGUUCUGCCUAUGUAGACUUUGCACCCUUUGAACGCCACUACUAUAACAUGUCCGAUCAUAUGUUGACAAAGUGGAAGGAGAUGCCUCCUAUGGUGGUUGGAUGUGCGGCGUUGCAGAAGCAAUGUCAAUAUCCGACAUCGCGUAGAGGAGGAGCCCAUCGCGCUGUUAUCUCUGAGAGAAGAAGACGCCUUUCAAAAAAGAACAAUGACCGGCCGGGUAGUGGAACGACGCAGAUCUCGACGGAUGCGACUAUCCCAGAGCUCGAUGUUGAGCUUAUGCAUUGCACAGAUAUCGCGUUGCCAGAUGAAGACAUGAUCCCAGGGGCAAGACUGUUGAAUGAAUCAUAUAAUACUCUAGAAGGAGGGGGACUGGGAAAUGAUCCAUUGAUCCUUUCUUAUUACAAGAACUUCCACGUCUUCCAUCCCUUCGUUCUACCCCUACCUCAAUUAAUUAAGCUCUGCGAAGGCCCUUCGGCAUCGCCGUUCGACUUUACUCCUCUGACAACUGUCAUGCGUCUAAUUGGGAAUAUUUACGAUGCUCAGGAAUGGUCCAUCUCUCUCCAGGAAGACGCCGAGUCUCGCAUCUCCCAACUCUCUUCCUCAGAUCCAGUCCAAGUCCAAUGCCGGCUUUUAUACUCGAUUGCUCUAUUCUGGAGUAGCUACACUACUAAAGCCAGUGAAGAAAAAGACAUUGCAACUAAUGUUGCCCUUGAGCUGGGUAUGCACAAGGGAGAGUUUGCCUCUGCCAGUGGAGCUGGAGAUGCCGUUCUCAUGGAGUCUUGGAGACGUACCUGGUGGAUGCUAUACAUCGUGGAUGCAUAUUAUGCUGGGACGCUAGGGACGAUGAAUUUCAAGACGUUCCAUGUUGAGGCAACAGUGUCUCUGCCGUGUGAGGAAGACGAGUAUGAGUCAUGUGUAAGUGUCUCCCUCUCGAACUGGGUGCCAUGGCUAAUAAUGUUCAAGUACAUCCCAGAGCCUCGAACUGUCGAAGAUUUCGACUCUCGUGAGUUUGCAGAGAAUGAUAUACCCUUCUCGUCCUUUGCAUAUCUCAUCGGCGCUGUGCGUGCCGCAGCAUUGGCAAUUUCCGUCACUCCGAAAAAGGUGAAGAGACAAGACUCAGAGCGAAUGAUACAGGUUGCAGACGCCGUUAUCGAUGCCUGGCUCCUACUUUUACCUAAGGAACGAAAGGUUAUGAGAAACGAUGGCAGUAUUGAUGAGUUGAUGUUUCAAGCCAAUCUGCUUGUUCACGUGUAA